AUGUCUUUGAAAUACGAACAAGAAAUAAACGCUAGUUUGCCAUACAAAACGAUUGCUUCGGGUCGCGUAAUUCGAAACAAAUCAACAAAGAAUACUAAACCCCAAGCGGAUCCAUAUCCAAAUCCUCCUACCUCUGCUUCGAAAUCAACAACUCGUACAUGUCCAAAGUGCAAAGAAUCCUCAAAUUGUAUAAAUAUGCUAAACAAAGAAUUUCGUAAGAUCGAAGAGUUGGUAGUUGAUUUGAUUGAAAUCAAUAAAGGGAUCGAGAUCAGAAAUAGAUGGCUCAAAACUAUAGAAAAUUAUUCAACUAUGAGUCUUGAAGAUCUUCAAAGACAUAUUAUGAAAACUACAAAUAAAUAUAAUAACCAACAAUAUAUUAAUAAGUAG